CGUCCCAACCAUUUGUACCGUUUGACCGUGUCGUCGCUCGUUCGAACGUCGCCGAGACUCUCUCGACGACACUCUCUUCUGCCACUUGUUCGAGCGGAAUCUUUACCCACGGAAGUGCGAGCGCCGGACGACGUGGCGACGUGCUUGUCGACUGUAAAGUCACGCCCGGAAGUUUAUUCGUACCGAAGGAGCGCAAGUGGAUGACGGGGUUACUUUGAUUUUAGGCCCGCUCGCGUCCCGCUUCGGAAGUCCUGCUCCUUUCCCGGAUUAUCGAUCGUCGUGAGCCGUUUUCGCGCGCAAUUUCGCGAGCAACAAGCGCAGUGGGGGAGGAAGAAAACGGAGCGGCGGUAAUUGAGCCGGCGCGGAGCACGUGCGCGCACGCGUGCCACAACAUUGCGAAAACCCGGGCAAUUCUAAUAUCGGCGAGCCCGCCGUUAAAUAUAGCCCCGGCUUUACGUGCGUGAGAGAAAGAGAGAGAGAGAGAGAGAGAGAGUGUAUGACGGCAGGUGCAGCGUGCUUUUCGUGCGUCCGCACGUAAGAGAGACGGCGUUUUCACGAAGAAGCCACGCGGUCAACGUGCGUCACCCACCACGCGGAGGUGAGAGCCGAAAAAAGCGGGACGGUGCGUCGUGACGGCGGCACCUCGACCACUUGGAAUUUCGCGAGAAGGCGGCGGAAUGACGCAACACCGUCGGGGCCAAUAGUCGGCGGAAUCGAUCGAAUACGCCGAAAAGCAGAAAACGAGAGCGAGGCUCAGUCGGGCAGUCCCUCCAAGCGGAGGACAAGACGACGCGUCACGUUCCGCGCGGCUGAGCGGCGGAGUUCAAACGAAGUUCCAGGCCGGCGGGGGACAGCUCGGCCUUUCGCACCGCUAAUCGUCGCCCGACGUUCUCACGCUUGAUACACUGAUACAGAUACUCGGCGGGAAUGGCUCUCUUCCGGAAAUUCAACGAGAAGAUCCCCCGGAGGGGAAUCCUCGGGGCCAUGAUGUUCUUAGCUUGCAUGUUUUCAUACGUCAUCCGCACCAAUUUGUCUAUAACCAUUGUCGCUAUGGUGAGUGUUACCAGCAAAAGCGGUGCCACCGGACCCGCAUGCGUUGUGACGGACUUGAAGAGCAACGGGUCGGGUGUGCUCCAUGAUUUUGGUGAGCGAUUCGAGUGGAAUCAACAUAUCCAAGGUUUGCUGCUGUCAGGAUAUUUUUACGGUGUGCUGCCGGCCAGUGUACCAGCCGGUCUUCUGGCAGAGAAAUAUGGAGGCUCCAAAGUGGUGGCGUUCGCCACGCUGAUACCCGCGGUGUUGAACCUUAUGAUGCCAUGGGCCGCCGGUGUUCAUUACGGUUUCGUUUUCGCGCUUCGCUUCGUCAUGGGAUUCUUCGGGGGCGCCGUUUAUCCCGCUUUACACGCAAUGAUCGCCAGGUGGGUGCCGCCCGGUGAGAAAGGCAUGUUCGUGUGGACUAUGCAAGGCGGUCCGUUUGGAACCGUCGUGACAUUCACUUUGUGCGGUGCGGUAAUCAGCGCUUACGGAUGGAAGGCUGCGUUCUACGUUACGAGCGGUCUCAUGUUAGUCUUCUACGCUCUGUGGGUGUUCCUGGUGUACGACACGCCGGAUCUGCAUCCGGGAAUCACGGAGAAAGAGAAAACGUACAUAAAGGAACAAAUAGGUACUACCGUUUCGAAGCAAAAGGUUCAACUGCCAGUGAAGGCAGUCGCCACGUCCGCGCCGUUCCUAGUAUUAUUGUGGGCCCACUUCGCCAAUAUGUGGGGUAUAUACUUCAUCGCUACCAACGGGCCCAAAUACACGCUGGAGGUUCUCGGCUUCAACAUGAAAUCGGGUGGCGCGAUAACCGGGUUACCUUACAUGGCUAGACUCGGCGCUGGAGUGUUGUUCGCAGCGGCAGGCGAUUAUGUGCGAAGGAAGGGUGUUUUAUCUCUGGGUUGGAUCAGAAAGAUAUUCAUGCUGUUCUCUCACAUGGGACCCGCGGCUUGCCUGGUAGUGAUGACAUAUGCGGGUUGCGACGCCACAACUGCAAUAAUAAUGUUAAUAUUGGCUCUGGCCUUCAAUGGGGCUGCGUGCCAGACCAGUUUACAAAACCACCAAGACUUGGCGCCGAACUACGCCGGCUCUUUGUACGGAAUUAUGAAUACCUUCGGUAGUUUCCCCGGAUUCAUUAUCCCACCAAUUAUCGGCGCCCUGACCAACGAAAGGAACGGCAUCGAGGAGUGGCGUAUAAUGUUCUGGAUAUCGGCGGUAGUGUUCACCUCGGCAACGGUGCUAUUCUGGUUGUUCGGAUCGGCGGAGAUCCAAUCGUGGAACGAUUCGACUCACACCAAGGUGCCCACCAUCUCCGACGAGGAGAGGCGGAUAAACGAGACGACGACGAAGGACACGUUGGCCGAGGAAACCGAAGAGAAUGAACGUCUCUAGUGAUUUAGAUAAUGAAAUGAGAAAGAUGCGUGCAUGUGUGCGUGUAUGUUGCGUGUGCUCAUGUCUGUAUAAAUUAAUAGUCUAAUAUCGUUAGGAGCGCGUCCGAAGUUGUUGCAACUCGGCAACUCUCGACCUCGCUGACACACAGAACAUCACAAUAAUAUUUUAUACACGACCAAUAUUUGUACAGCUUCCGAUUGUUACCUGUUAGUCGUGGAUGCGAGGCAAUCGUCACGCCGUUGGCCCGAACUGAAAAUCGGAAACAGGAGGAAGAGAAGGAUCGAAAGGAUACGUUCACGAUACUUGUCCUCCGAUCAAGGGAUUAGGCUGCUGUAAUGUAAAAAAUAUAUCGAUAUUUUACAAUCUGUAUACACAUUAUAUGUAAAUUAUAAAAACUA